CCGGUUUCACUGAAACAGGUCCCGCCCCAGGAAGGCUUAGGGAAGCUCGUGUUAAGGGAAGGGUACCUACCCUGUGCUCCGACUAGGGCUCCGAGUUUCGAACCACUGGUGGCGGAUUGCCCACCCGCCCCACGUCCGGGGAUGCGAAGUCUCAGCCUGGCGUGGCUGCUGGGAGGUAUCACCCUUCUGGCGGCCUCGGUCUCCUGCAACCGGACCGAGAACUUUGCACCGGGACCCAACAAUAAAGGAAGAAGUCUUAUUGGCAGAUUGGAAACCCCGCCUCCAAUCACUGGGAAAGGGGUUCCGGUAGAACCAGGCUUUUCCAUCGAUGAAUUCUCUGCGUCCAUCCUCACUGGGAAGCUGACCACUGUCUUUCUUCCGGUCAUCUACAUUAUUGUAUUUGUGAUUGGCUUGCCCAGUAAUGGCAUGGCCCUCUGGAUCUUCCUUUUCCGAACGAAGAAGAAACACCCUGCCGUGAUUUACAUGGCCAACCUGGCCUUGGCCGACCUCCUCUCUGUCAUCUGGUUCCCCCUGAAGAUUGCGUACCACCUACAUGGCAACAACUGGACCUAUGGCGAGAUCCUGUGCAAAGUGCUCAUUGGCUUUUUCUAUGGCAACAUGUAUUGCUCCAUCCUUUUCAUGACCUGCCUCAGCGUGCAGAGGUACUGGGUGAUCGUAAACCCCAUGGGACACUCCAGGAAGAAGGCAAACAUUGCUGUUGGCAUCUCCCUGGCAAUCUGGCUUCUGAUUUUUCUGGUCACCAUCCCUUUGUAUAUCAUGAAACAGACCAUCUACAUUCCGGCCUUGAACAUCACCACCUGUUAUGAUGUGCUGCCUGAGGAAGUAUUGGUGGGGGACAUGUUCAAUUACUUCCUCUCCCUGGCCAUUGGAGUCUUUCUGUUCCCGGCCCUCCUUACUGCGUCUGCCUAUGUGCUCAUGAUCAAAACACUCAGUUCUUCUGCCAUGGAUGAGCACUCGGAGAAGAAAAGGUGGAGGGCUAUCCGACUUAUCAUCACCGUGCUGGCCAUGUACUUCAUCUGCUUCGCUCCUAGCAACCUUCUGCUCGUAGUGCAUUAUUUCCUAAUCAAAACCCAGAGGCAGAGCCACGUCUAUGCCCUCUACCUCGUCGCCCUCUGCCUGUCGACCCUCAACAGCUGCAUAGACCCCUUUGUCUAUUAUUUUGUCUCGAAAGAUUUCAGGGAUCAUGCCAGAAACGCGCUCCUCUGCCGAAGUGUCCGCACUGUGAAUCGCAUGCAAAUAUCGCUCACCUCCAACAAGUUCUCCAGGAAGUCCAGCUCCUACUCUUCAAGCUCAACCAGUGUUAAAACCUCCUACUGAGCUGUACCUGAGACUGUCAAGCCUGCCUGAUGAUGCUGAUAAUGAUGUGCAUACGCACAUGCGCGCGUGUGUGUGUGUGUGUGUGUGUGUGUGUGUGUGUCCUGUGUGUAGUGGGGAUGCACCAACAUGCAUGGGGCUGUCAUUUCCUGUCCAAGCUGCUGGGCUCUGUACCAAUCACAUGCAUGCAGCUCUCCCGAGAUUCCCAGAAGCCUCCUUACUUGCAUGAGACCACGAAAACAGACGUCAGUAUCAGAAACUGAACAAACUGAGCAGAACUGUUUUGUGGAAGUGAAGAGAAGAGGGAAAUUCAGUGACCCGGGAAAACACUACACCUGACAAGAAGGCUAAGACUCCCUGAAAUGCUUUCUUUUUCAUCUGGAGUCCGUCACAGCUUUGUCAGGACCUGAGGCUCUUGUAGCACCUCAGUCCAGUUGAUUGACUUUAUAGACUUGGGAGAUGAGUCUGUGAAUGAGGCUCCUGGCCAGCAUUCUAACCGGUUAAGAGGGAGCUUGCUGGACAGUAGGAUUCAAAUGGUCCGAGGUUACAUUCUCGCACCACUUCAUCAGAGCAACUGGGGAUCUUGUUCAGUGUGGUAGCUUCAGUAACCUGGGGAGCUCAGAUACGAGGGGGUGCUCUACAAACCUCAGCGAUGACUGCACACACAGAACCACAGAGCUGAGCCCUGCUUCCGAUUGCCAGGGUACCACAAUAAUGUUGGCAAAGAAAAACCAACAGCAGUGUUUUGAGCCUCUUUUCAGUCAGUUUAUGAUGAAUUUGCCUAUUGGUUUAUUGGGAUUUUUGGUUCUUUUAUUACUCCAUUGUAAUUUUGUAUGUCUAUUAGUCAAGAAAAAGGAAAUGAGGCUCUUAAACGUAUAAAUAAAAUUUUAUAUUUUUUUUUUACUUAAGUAAGUGUGGGUAGUAAGAGUAUUUGGCCAACUGCAAAUACUGCUUUUUUUUUUAACUUAUUUUUUAACUACAUCAUGUGAACUUAAGACAUUUUCAUGAUAAGGUAUUAUUAUAGUGUCAGUUCCCUCACCCUCAAUCACAUUCCUUCCUAUGAUGCAGGGCCCUUCCCCCCACCCCCGCCCCUCUUGCCAACCUCCCCACUAGAUAGUCCCCUGUCUGCUUUCACAUACCAGUUAGUAUUUUAUAAAAACCAUCGAAGUUUUGUUCACCAGUUACCAAUAAUGAGCCAUUACAUGGCUCCAGGCUUACUUUAUAUACUGCCUGUAUUUGUGACGGUAUUAAAAAAUGACCUUGUUGUAUGGAUGCUUUAUAAAUAAAUAAUGCAUGAAUACUUUUAAAAAACCAA